CCCUAGCGAUUUAGCUUGCACACUAAAGGAAACAAUAUGGGUCAUUUUCAAAUGAGCUGAAAACGUGCAGAAUCGUAUUGAGACUACUUCUAAGACCCGAUUGGAGAAGGGCUCUUCCAGUGGAGCAGCCUGGAGUGAGUGACCAACCAUGGGCCGUCUGGACGAUGCUGCCAAGCGCAAGGUGGUGGAGCUGCGGCAGGCGGGUCUGAGCUUCCGGAAGAUCAAGGCGGUGCUGGAGCUGGAGAACAUCCGGGUGUCUGCCCAGGCCAUUUACCUGUACCUCAAGGAGUUCCAGAGGAAGAAGGUUCAGAGGGGUGGUGAAAGUGCUGCAGCCACAGACCCACAGAUCACACCUGGGGUUGGAGCAGGGAGGGGAGAUGGUGGAAGCCGGGAGGGCUGGAACGACCAGCAAAUACGGAAUCUACUGAGGGAGGCGUCACGCCACGCAGGCUAUGUUGCAGCGUCAGAGUUCGCCAAGCAGUGUCCUGGCUCCAAUCCUCCUGAGGUCAGGGGUCAGGGGCCGUCUGGGACAGGAAGCGAAGGCGCCAGCAGAGGACAGAGCAACAGGACAGAGAAACCGGAGGAAGGGAACAAGAAGGAGGAUGAGGAUAUCCAGAUUGUCAGUGUCACAUCAUUGGCUCAGAACUCUCAACAGAGGGGUCUUCCAACCGCAGGGGCAGCGGCUGUGACUGUGACAGGCGCCUACAUGCGUAAGAGAGCCACGCCCUCGCCAGCUACUAACCCCAUACUGGCAGCACGCAAAAGGCUUCUGGAUAAGGCUUUGUCUCAUAGAGCAAAGAAGUGUAGCAGAAACAGACUGAUAAGAGACUCUUCUUAUCAGUCCUACCAGCAAGUAGCAGCUCUGCUGAGAAGAGAACAGUCUAAUGCUUCUGGUUCUGAUGUUCAGAGACCUGUGGCAGCAGAUCAACCACAGUCCUAUGACCCAGUCACUCAGAGGCUUACUCAAGUGAGGAAUUUGGAUGGCCAGCAAGGAGGCAGUGUUCCCAGACAGAUGUUCCAGCAGAGAGUCGGUGGCCAAGCUGUCCGCUCCCCACACCCUACUCCUCCCCGUGUGGGCAUCCGGCUCCCCAACCCCCCACCACCACCCACCUCCCAGGGUAGUAGCCCUGUCAUCCGCCUCCAAAGCCCUGGGAGCAUGAACCAGGGCCUUCUCAGGAGAGACAGGAACCCCAGCCCCCAGCAGGCAGCUCACCAGGAGGCUGGAGGGAGAUGCGGGGGAGGGGGUGGUGGAGGUGGGGGUCUCCAGGAGCAGGUCCAGACCCUGGGCUCUGAGAUCCACAGCCUGAGCCUGGCGGUGCGCAUGCUGGUGGAGCAGCAGUACCGGCUGGAGAGGGAGCAGGUCCAGCAGACCCAGGUCCAGAAGCAGAUUCUCAGCACCCUGCAGACCCUGGCCUCCAGACUGGAGGCACCCUGUACCAGCCUCCACCAGCAGCGACAGCAUCCCAAAACUCCCCCACCCCCAGUCUUACCUGCCUCAGGCUCUGCCUCCUACUGCCAGGACACAUUCCCCUUCAGCCAAGGAGGGUAUGCUCAGUGCAGCCAGGCCCAGCCCAGCUACAACGGGAUGGACAGCUCCAGUCUGGAGACCAUAGAGACCUUCAAACUGUCCGGACAGAGCCCCCAUGGCAUCAACGGCUUCCAGACGGGCAGCAGCAGUAGUACCACCGAUAGCCUCCUGCUCACACACACCCCUACAUACACGCUGGCGCACACACAGCCUUACUCGUCAGCCUACACACAGCAGCCACACACUCAAACACACAUGCCCUCAUGCACACAGUCUUACGCCACCACAUACACGCAGUCACACACACAGUCCUAUAGAGGUACAGACAGUCCCAGCACCAGCACAGAGGGAGCUCUCCAAGACUGCAUGGCCCCCACCCAGGCCUCUGUUGACCUGGACUCAGACAUCACAGUCUCCCCACAAGAAACCCAGCUCAACAUCAUUAAAGUGGAGGCUCUCUAACAUGCUGACCAGACCGUGCGUGCGCCAUCGUGGGCAUGUUGAUUUUGUCCACCCACACCAGACGCAAUCAGGGCACGCAGGUUGAAAUAUCAAAACGAACUCUGAACCAACUAUAUUCAUUUGGGGAUGGGUCGAAAAGCAAGGUGAAUGCACCAAUUUGUAAGUCGCUCUGGAUAAGAGCGUCUGCUAAAUGACUUAAAUGUUAAAUGUAAUUAAACAUUUAUGUCAAUUUAGUUAGCUAGCUUGCUAUUGCUAGCUAAUUUGUCCUGGGAUAUAAACGCAAGCGGUGUGGUCAGCAUGUAAGGCUUUAGUUCACUCGUAUCCAGACUUAUAGGGACAGUUUUCUAGACACAGAUUAAGCCUAGUCCGAGACUUAAAAGCAUGUUCAAUGUAUAAUGGAAAUUCUGGAAAAGGUGCUUUAGUCCAGAACUAUGCUUAAAUUGGUGUCUAGGAAACCAACCCCAUAUAGAGUUCAGUUCCAUAGUUUCAAUCCAAAGUUGCUUCUGCUCUGUUCACAUUUGUACAUUUAAUUAUCCACUACCUCUCCUUUAGCCAAAUGUUUCAGUACAUGUUAUGUCUUGGGUUUUUAAGGGAUUUCUUAUGUUUUUGAAGUAUGUGUCAUUAUUUUUAGAACUGUGAAUAUCCCCAUCGAAAUGAAUACCACUUCAUUGUCCAUUCUGAAAGGAACAUUUGUCCUCGAGACUAUCUACACUUAUUAUCAAAUCACAAAGAGCAAUACAGAAGAAGCAUGUCUUAUCGUUUUAAUAAUGCAUUUGGAUUAUGUUGCCAUCAGUCUUUACAGAGCAUAAAACUCUUUACCAAUGCAAGGUCUCUGCUGCCUUCUGCUAGAUCAGCCUUAAAGUGCAGAAUGUCCUGUCUGUACAUAACUAAAUGUACUUGAAUAAAGUGCUACAUAAUAUCCAACAAA